GUCAGAGACUGCAGGCAGGAUACAAGAGAUGGUCAGAGAUUGCAGACAUGAUACAAGAGAUGGUCAGAGACUGGGGACAUGAUACAAGAGAUGGUCAGAGACUGCUGACAUGAUACAAGAGAUGGUCAGAGACUGCUGACAUGGAUACAAGAGAUGGUCAGAGACUGCAGACACGAUACAAUAGAUGGUCAGAGACUGCCGACAUGAUACAAGAGAUGGUCAGAGACUGCAGACACGAUACAAGAGAUGGUCAGAGACUGCAGACACGAUACAAGAGA